UUGAUCAGCGUAAUUUCCAGACUGCCUCCUACACCAUGGCUCCAGCUAACGUUUCUAAGGCGGCGGCUCGUCCGCAAAUCGGGUCUCGCCGGCGAACACUGGCGCCUCGCCAACCAACGCCUACGUCCAUUCCGCACCCGAAGAAGAUGAAGCCUUUGUCGGAGGUAAUGGUGCGGGCCGCUAUUUCGUGGUGGAGCGCUCCGAUUACAGCCAGGCAAGUUGUGAGCAAUGCGGCUCCAGCGAACAAGACUGACGAGCUGCUUCUCUGUGACAAAUGCGACAAGGGUUUUCACAUGAAAUGCCUGAGACCGGUAGUCGUUAGAGUUCCUAUCGUAUCGUGGCUCUGCCCUAAGUGCUCUGGCCAGAGACGAGUUUUUUCACAGAAGAAGAUAAUCGAUUUCUUUGGGAUUAAGAAGAGCCCUAAUGAGAAAAAGAGAUGUGCCUCUCCUCAAGGUUGCAUUUGACAAUUCCAGAAACCGUGUCUCUCUGGUUUGAUUCUAGCUUAGCAGGAAAUGACACUAACACAAUGUAGAAACAGUGAUAUUAAUACGAUUAUAAAACAUAUACUGUAGUAGAAUUGGAAGGGAAUUUACUGCAGGCUGACAGGAUCUAGCUGGUACUAAUGUGGCACUAGGAUCGGAGAUAGGCAUUACUUGAUUAUAAACUGUGAUAGAAGAUUGGCAUUGUGGACGUAUAGAAUGCCAUAGAAAUAGUUAGCUCAAAGAUGUUGAAACCAGUUCCUUACCAUUCUGGUGCGAUAUUUCCUUUCAGUCAAGCAACUUCAUUCGUUGUUUGCUGCAGAGAUAGCAAAUUUAGAAGUUCAAUAGCACUUACAAAGGUGAUUCUUAUCCAUAUUGGUUCUAACAUUUAUUGUUGCGUUAUAUGCAGGAGAUUUGUAGUAUUUUUUGCUCUAGCCCAUCACACACACUCAUACACGCUCUAUCUCCCUCUCUUUGAGAUACCUUGCUACCAGCUCAAGUCUUUUUGAGCAUUAUGUGCAUGUUCUUCUCUUAUAUAUAUUAGUCUUGUUCACUUUAGUUUACAGUGUUCUGUGAAUUUUUUGGUUAUUUGUACCAUAAUGAGAUGUUCUCCUGUGACAUUUCAGUUCCAUAUACAAAUAGAUGGCUUUAUCUCAAUGUUUUCUAUGAGGAUCCUGUGACACUGUCAUUUUCUUGAGAUUUCGUUUACAUUUGGCUGUGGCAGGAAGUAUUUAAUCUCAGUUCUUUUGUAAAGAUUUAGUACUUUCUUUUAGAACAGCCAUUCGAUUCAAAUUAUCUGUAAUGAUCAGUGUGCCAAUGUGUAAAGCACUGUAUGAUUGUAAUGUAGUCCUGCCUUGUAAGAAGAGCUUAUCUUUAUCUGUAAAAGGUUUAUUCAAAUCACCUGGAAUGAUCAAUCUACCCAUUUUUAAGGCAAUAUUUGAGGCAGGCAGACAGUGCAAGAUGCAACAGGAAGUUGUGAGAUAUGCUGAAUUGCUUUUUUUUUUUUUUUUUGCACUAUGCUUAUCAUCAUUUAGUCCUGCCUUGCAUUAGGAUCUUACGAAUGUGUCUUCCUCUCAAGAUUAUAAUAUGCAAGAGAACUAUCUGUUGUGACUGAGCUUCUUCAUAAUCAAGUGGGUGCAUCUGGUCUUGAUUAAGAUCCAUGCCCAAUUGACAUUACUAGGUUGUUAUGAUUGUUUUGUUUCAUAAGCUGCUUUGUUUCCAGAUUGCUAACAUGAAGGUGGUUCCUUGUAAGGACCCGACAGUUAAUGCUGCUGUUCCAGAGUAGCAUGUAUGAGAAGUUUUCGAUUAACUUGCCAUCCAGAUUGCUAACAUGAAGUUUUGCAUAGGCAAACUAGGAGAGUUCAUAUUUUUUUUUUGGUUCAUUUGGUGGGGUAUUGUGAGUUGCUGCAGUUCAAAACUUUUUGUGUUUAUCGGCUUCAUCAUCUGAGUGGGACAAAAGGCAACAGAUCUACAAUGCUGAAAUUGACAACAAUAUGAGGAGAUUCGUUGUCCUUCAACCAUCACACGAAGUAUUUCACUUUACAGG